GCAGCAGCAGCAGCAGGCGGAAGAGGUGUGCUUAACAUUUAACCUUUUUGUGAGGCAAUGUGAAAAUGGCGUUAUGAAAAGUAUCAUAGUCGCGAACUACAGGCAAAUAAAGUUUUCAGAGAAAGAAGCUAAUUUUUGGAGCAACUUAAGGGAGCAGCAUGGGCAACACCAGCAGUGAGAGAAGCGCAGCGGAGAAGACGCAGAGGCGAGAGAAUCGUGGUGGCAAAGAUGGCGCUCGACCCAAAAUCCUUAUGGACAGUACGGAGGACGGAGACAUCUUCCAAACAGAUGAUGCCAAGGAGUUUCUAGCCUGGCAACAUGAUCAGGAAUCAGAUGCUAAAUCCGUGCCAGAGGAAAGGCCCACUGUGUUCCGCUGGAACGGUCCAGGGAAAGAUAUCUACUUGUCUGGCUCCUUCAACAACUGGUCCAGCAAAAUCCCCUUGACUAAAAGUCAAAAUAAUUUUGUGGCCAUAAUUGACCUGCCAGAAGGUGAGCAUCAGUAUAAGUUCUAUGUGGACGGACAGUGGAUAUUAGACCCCAAAGAGCCUGUUGUGACUAAUAAGUCAGGUGUGAUGAAUAAUGUAGUUAAAGUGAGGAAAACAGACUUUGAGGUUUUUGAUGCACUGAAGACAGAUUCUGAGAAAUGUGCCGACAUGUCAGACUUAUCCAGUUCCCCACCUGGACCAUACCAUCAAGAUCCCUACUCAACAAAAUCAGAAGACAGACUGCGCUCUCCUCCCAUACUGCCACCACAUCUACUGCAGGUGCUCCUCAACAAAGACACGGGAAUCUCUUGUGACCCAACCCUGCUGCCUGAACCAAACCAUGUGAUGCUCAACCACCUGUACGCUCUUUCCAUCAAGGACGGCGUGAUGGUUCUUAGUGCAACACACCGCUACAAAAAGAAGUAUGUGACCACACUGCUGUACAAGCCUAUAUGAUCUCAAUCCACCAACACUAUUCUCUCUGGUGUUUGCCUUGUACCACUAAAUGUUAAUCAUCGAAGAAAGGGACCAUACCUAUCAAACGUCACCAAACGCAUGUGUCUCUGUGAGUUUAUAUUUGCGUGUUUCUGAAUGUCAGCGUCCCACCCAAAAACCAAUAUCAACAAUGUUUGCACAAAUAAUGUAAUGCGUUUGCCAAAUGUUAAAAUAUCAGCUUGCAGACGUGUUCUGUAUGUGGCUUUUCAGUUAAUGUAUUUCAAAAUACUCUUAGAGCAUUCAAAGGACAUCUGUGAUGUCUGUCUUCAACUUUUCUUAGAUCAUCUUGUUUCAUGGGAUGUUACUUAAAGACAUUUAAUGUGAACAUUCCCGUCGUGUUCCAUUGGAUUUAAAUCUGCAAUUAAAACGAUACCUGUUGAUGAAUGGACCAUUGUGUUAAUUAAAUGCACACUAAAACAUU